AUUACGAAAAAUCCACUAAAUCAACAUAAGAAUGAUUUAAAAAGCUAAAAUAAAGGGGCCCCAGCCACACUUCCGGUUAAAUCCGUACAAACAAACGAUUAUUCGGAACUGAAUGUGGUUGUUUUCUUUUUUUUUUUCAUAAUUUGAUGCGUCCUCUUAGCUUCCACCCCUGCCACCAAUUUGUGUGGUCCAUUGAACGGAAACCGAGAGGCCAUCCUCCUACGUCGCGCCUGUGCGGUGGAGCCCCCCCUUGCUGCGUGCAUCGUGAUCAGGCUGCAGAGUCUUGCGGAGGACGCAGGGUCACCUUCUGUCACCGCAAGGGGAAAUACUGAAUCAUUCGCAGCCAAGGCUAGGCAGGACGCUGGUGCACCUCGGCUGCAGCGUGUAUCUGUGUACGAGGAACCAAGCAUCACUGCAGAGGACAGGUUUGGUCGAGAGAGGGCUUUGUAACAUCCAGGAAAAUGUCUGGCUCGUACGAUGAAUGUGCAGGUGCUGACGACACCAUGGACAGCUUCUGGGAGGUGGGGAACUACAAACGUGCUGUCAAGAGAUUUGAUGAUGGCCAUCGACUGUGCAAUGACCUCAUGGGCUGCCUUCAGGAACGGGCCAAGAUAGAAAAAGCUUAUGGUGAUCAGCUAACCGCCUGGUCAAAGAGAUGGAGACAACUCAUUGAGAAAGGCCCCCAGUACGGCUCCGUGGAGAGAGCCUGGCUGGCUGUAAUGACUGAGGCAGAAAAGGUGAGCGAGCUCCAUCAAGAUGUCAAGAACAACCUGCUGAAUGAGGAUGUGGAGAAAGUGAAGAACUGGCAGAAGGAGGCCUAUCACAAACAAAUGAUUGGAGGCUUCAAGGAGGCAAAGGAGGCAGAAGAAGGAUUUAAGAAGGCUCAGAAACCCUGGGCCAAAAAGCUCAAGGAGAUGGAGACCGCUAAGAAAGCAUACCAUAUGGCAUGCAAGGAGGAAAAACUGGCUGCCACACGAGAGGCCAACGGCAAGACCGAGGCUUCUGUGACACCAGACCAGCAGAAGAAACUUCAUGAGAAAGUGGACAAAUGCAAACAGGAUGUACAGAAGGCUAAAGAAAAGUAUGAGAAGUCUCUGGAGGAGCUCAACAAAUGUGCGCCCCCCUACAUGGAGAGCAUGGAGCAGGUGUUUGACCAGUGCCAGCAGCACGAGGUCAAGAGGCUGACCUUCUUGAAGGAGGCUUUGCUGGACAUCAAACGCCACCUCAAUCUCACUGAGAACCAAAGCUAUGCCACAAUAUACAGAGAACUGGAGCGCACCAUCCUGGCAGCGAACACACAAGAGGAUCUGAAGUGGUUCAGCAACAACCACGGGCCUGGAAUGCACAUGAACUGGCCCGCAUUUGAGGAAUACAACCCAGACCAGGCAAGUGCUCCCCCAAAGAAGAAGAAACCAGAUGGAGCCCCGCCCACUCCAAGCACUGACCAUGUGGCUCCCCCUGGUGACCGGAGCAGCGUGAGCAGCUAUGAUAAGAACCAAGCGUACUCGACUGAGUGGUCUGAUGAUGAGCAGCCCGCUGCUUACUCUGGAAACGAAAACGGCGGUAACGGGAACUCAUUCGAAGAUGAUUCCAGCACUGGUAAAGGCGUCCGUGUGCGAGCUCUCUAUGAUUACGAUGGCCAGGAGCAGGAUGAGCUCUCCUUCAAAGCAGGCGAUGAGCUGACCAAGACCGAGGACGAAGAUGAGCAAGGCUGGUGUCGAGGUCGUUUGGACAACGGCCGGGAGGGACUGUACCCGGCCAAUUACGUUGAGCCAAUCUAGGCCAGUGGCUGGACAUGGACAUGCUCCUGGAGGCAGCUUGAACAGUCUUGUCCAAUUGCACCACACAUAGCCAGAGACUUAAGAGCGACACAUCCUUUGCCCAACAGAUGCGCCAAGCAGUCAUCAAAACUUAGUAACCUAAAAGACAGUACAUCGCUAUAGUAUAUUUUAUCCCGCUCCCCCGGGUGGGUGGACAUUUCAAAACAAGAGCGGCAGUUAUCCCAGUAUAUACACAGUCAACUAUAACACAUACAGUGCAGGCACAUGUGGCUUCUCUGUGUAGCUGUACUUAACCUACGAUACAGCUUAUUUACUGCAGUCGGUUGUGCAAAUGGGAAGCAAAUAUAAUCAGUUAUACCCAUUCGACAGCGACAGGCUUCUCUAACCUGCAUUGUGUAUAUACAGUGUAAUGCCAUUUUUGUGUAGCUUUUUUAACGCUGUGCGUGGUCAGUCACCCUUCAUACAUCGGGAAUGCUGUGUAGUGUUAAAAGUACCACAAACAGUAUCCUUUGUUUUGUUUUGUUUUUUUAGUUGAGUGCUCUGGUCCGACCUUUAAUCCCGUGUGUGCAGUGUUAUGUGUUUUAAGUGUUUCUGAGCGUGCAUAGCAGCAUGUGCUAUGCAACAACUAUCAUUCCCUGGUUCCUACAGUCUUGUUGGGGCCACAACUUGAUGCAACGCUACAACUACAAAAUGCAAAAGUCACUUUUAAAGCAUCGCAUGCAUCUGUUCUCAUGAGGGGAAGCUUGCUAACGACAAGCUUGAUUUUAUGUUUGAUUUCUUAUCAUGCAGUUCAUUGAAAAGAGAAAAACCUUCCUUCUUAGCCACAUCCACUAACAUGAAUGACAAGCAAAGUGGCAUCAGAGCUUCUUUUUGCAGUAUAAGUGGAGGGUUUGGAACAAUGCCUAUGCCAGCAUUUUCUACCAGAGAGGGCCAAUGGGGGCAUGUUGAUGAGCUCCACAUCGCUGUGCGGAGAACAAAGCCUCGUGAACAGGACAUGAAUGUACUAGCGUUCAGGCGAGAAGAGGCAGUGUUGUGCUAACAAAAUGCCGUCCUCGAAUAAAAAACACUAGUAGCUCGUUUCUAUGCUGAGCCAAAGAAUGAUCCAGUACCAUCAACUGCGUUUUCCCUCCAUGCAAUAACCUCACAUGUCUCCAGACAAGAUCAACUUGUAGCUGCCUCCCAGUCCACCAAAAUGGUAUUUGUCCUCACACCACUGGGAAUGACACAGGGAAUAUAUUUACAGUCACCAGUAAUGCACUGCAUGUAAGGUGUUUGCAGUGUAUUAUGCGCUGAGAUCACCUUGCUUUUUAGAAGUGAAAAUCAUAUCAAUAUUUGCAUUCAGCAAAUUGAUUUGUGUGUUAUCAUGCCAUGGGUUGCUCCUAAAUUUGUUAAAAUGAUGAUCGGAUGGGGAUGAUGCCUUUUCGAAGUGCUGGAGUUUAGGACUAACAGAUGUGUUCAGCUCUGUGUCUGGAUUUGACAGGUUUAGGCGUCCAUGUGAGGAAACACAUCACCAGCUCACAAGUUGUGUCUUAAGCGUAUAGUUGUCCAGCAAAGCAAAAAGGACUUGUAUCAUCCAAAUAUCCAAAUGGGCGCAUACACACACAGCGGUCAAACACACACAAAGACACACAUGACCUGGUUACAUUGUCAUUUUAGUGGGGGAAGCAUCAUCAUUCAGUGUGUAUGCGUUGAUUGUCAUUUUAGUGGGGGAAGCAUCAUCAUUCAGUGUGUAUGCGUUGUAUAAAUGUUACAGGAAAAAAUGCUUAAAAAAUGCAAAUGAUUGACUACUAAGACAAAAUGUAGUGUUAUAUAUGUAAAUGUAUGUCAUUCAAAUAACAGCAAUUGAAAACAUGACUAGACAUCAUAUUGUAUGAAUUCUAUGGCGAUGGUCAGUGUAUCAUAAAAGCGUUACAACACGCGGUCAAAUUUGUAUAUGAAGAUGUAAUUUAAAGAUUAUAUUAUUCUGUUGUAACUGUACAACUGUGUUGAGUUGGAAACCAGACCUAACCAUGUUGAAGCAGUAAAGAGGUGUACAUGUAAAUGCUUUUUUUAAAUGUUGAUGAUCUCUUCCUUAUGCACACAGGGGACUGCAGCUGAUGUUGUGGAAACCCUAUAUUAGUGGUCUAUGAUGUAUGUUCAUAGUUAGUGAUGUACUUUUAUCUCCUAACUGGUGUAGUGCCUGUUCAUCUUGAUGUAACAAGACGUUCAUUUAAAUAUGCAUAAAGAUGAUUAUGAUCACAGAUAAAAAUGACGAUAGUGAUGAUAAACCCAAAUCGGAUUUGUUGUGAUGGUGUCAGCGUUGCAAAAUUGGUUUGAGAGGAAAACAAGUGUUUGGAAAAAGUGUGGUCUGUGUGUGUUUUGUGUUGUGUGUAUGGUUGUGUACCAUCUUUUCUAGGUUUGAAGAGAAAAAUUGGUAGCACCUACAUACUCAAGAUACAAUUAAAUAUUAAUUUAACUCA